AUGACUCUUACAGACCUCUCUAUAAACUGGAAGGCAGAACACAUCAGUGCUCUGGAGCUUCUGCUCUUCAUAAAACUCGCCCGUUCUGGCGGCACAUCGGCCCGUCAAGCGCCCAUAUCAGGCACCAUGCUCCUCCGAGCCUUCCUCCUCAUCAUCCUUGGCGGGAUCCUACUCAUCUCCUGCAACUCUGCACAGAGAGUCAGAGUGAGAAGACAGAAUAUGAAGGUACGCAUUAAUGCCACCGGUGACACCAUUGUCCUGAAGUUCCUUCGGCCCAACCCUGACGUCAAACUAGAGGGCUAUAUCCUGGGCUACGGCAGCAGCAUGUUCUCCAAACAGUUCAUUCAGCUGCCUGAGAAUGGAGAACCUUAUGAGACUGAAAUUGAUGCAGAGCCCAAGUACCUUGUGGCUGUCCAGCCAAUCCCAACCAAUGAUGUAAAGAAACAGUGCACGGGCAAAGUCAACCUAGAAAAACCCCUGCACCUGGUGAUCGGUUCUGUCUCCCCAACUUCGGUACUUCUGUCCUGGGGAACAUUUGUGAAAACACCCUAUGAGGGGAACAUCAUGAACGACUGUCUGGAGGAUGGGCACUACACAGUCCGCUACAGAGAGAGAAACAGGAAGUGGAUCUAUCAGACCUGUCCCACCAGCGACACUGUGAUUGACAAUCUAAAACCCAACACCCCCUAUGAGUUUGGAGUUCGCCCAAAUAAAGAUGACCGCAGUGGCAUGUGGAGCAAAUCUGUCAUCCACAACACUAACAUGGGAGACAAAAACAUUCAGAACCCUUACAAGUCUAUCAGGACGCCCAUUGCCAAACCAGUGAAGCCAAUAAUGACUGGACCACGUGGCCUGUUUCCACCUCGCCUUGCCCUUCACAACAGGACGCACACCAGACAAUCCAUACUGUUCAAAAACCCAGGCUUACCUGGAGCACCAAAGACAUCUUUUGCUUCGCCUGAAAGCCAUCAGGAAACUGUACCCGUGUCAACAGCCAGUGAGCCCCAAUGGCCACAGUUCCCAUUGGACACCGAAAACAGCGUUAGAAAUUCCUCCUCUUCCUCCCUGCUGGUGGACAACCCCCCUGCUCUUCCUCACUUCCUGCCCUCCCAACCCCACAGUGCCUCAGAUACCCCUGUCCCUAACUCCCCUUCCAACGGAGACACUCCUCAAGGACAGACACAAACAAGGGCACCUAAUACAACACAGAAGCCUCAUAGCCAUUCGGGUAAUUCAGGCAAACCCUUCCUGAGAAAUCCGACCUCACCUCUGCUACCCAAAUCCUACGAUUCAAUCAUUGCAGACACAUCCAGGAACCUGACAGGCAGAGGCAGAUUCCCUUUCUCUUCCUUCACUAAUGGCAUGAGAGACCCUUCCUUCCCCAGGGCAAACGACUCCUCAAAGGUCUUCAGGAGAAUUGGGGUAAAUGGUGAACAUCACAAAGGACUAUCUCUUCCCAAACCAGUCAUGUGGCGACCACGAAUGGGAUCUCCAGCUCGGCCAUCUAUCCCAGUCAACAAAAAGCCCAAUCUAGUGGGGAAGCCAGGAGACUUGGAUAAAGUGGUUGACUUGAAGCAGGAUAAAUCUGCGAUUCUGAAGCCAAAAUUACCCCCAGUGACAGCCAAGCCAGCCAAACAGGAAAGGAGAACCACAGCUAAUCCGGCUAUGAAUGGUAUGUGUGCAUAUGAUACGUGGGAGAAUUCUCCGGUGUUCAGUUCUGUUCCAACAUCUGAGGUCGAUUUUAUGGGCAAGAAGCGUUUCGUUGCUCCCCACGUGGUCUACAAAACUGACAAGAAGCCAGAUGAGCCUUGCUCCAUUACCACUUCUCUCACCUACUUCCCUGAUGAGGAGGCUGGGGAACAGAAUGUGACCAGUCCACCUAAAACUGCACCAUCCAACCUGACUGUGGUAACAGUGGAGGGAUGCCCAUCUUUCAUCAUCCUAGACUGGGAGAAAACUGACAAUGAUACCACAGAGUAUGAAGUUAUUUCCACUACAAAAGGUCCUGAUGGUGAGCAGGUCUCCAUUGUGACUACCAACCAGACACACACAGCAGUGGAAAACCUCAAACCUGAGAGCAGCUAUGAGUUUAAAGUGAAACCCAAGAAUGAGUUGGGAGAAGGGCCAUCCAGUGAGCCAGUGAUCUUCAACACUGAAUCUGCGGACCCUAGAGUAAGCGAGAAUGUUUCAGGAAAAGAUGCUAUCUGGACCCAGUUCCCCUUCAAGACAGACUCCUACUCUGAAUGCAAUGGAAAGCAGUAUGUCAAGAGGACAUGGUACCGCAAGUUUGUUGGAAUCCAACUCUGCAAUUCCUUGAGAUACAAAAUCUACCUGAGUGACUCUCUUAAUGGUAAAUUCUACAACAUUGGAGACCAGACUGGCCAUGGAGAGGACCAUUGCCAGUUUGUGGACUCUUUCUUGGAUGGAAGAACAGGAACCCAGCUCCCUGCAGACCAGCUGCCUGCCAGAACAGGGUACUUCAGAGCAAUGCGGCAAGAACCUGUCAACUUUGGUCAGAUAGGAGGGAACACCCACAUCACGUACGUGUCAUGGUAUGAGUGCGGAACACCAAUUCCAGGAAAAUGGUAGGACCCGAGGGGUUGCCUAUGGAGAAGCCUGAGGGAAAAAUUCACA